AUGGCCACAGAAUCGAAAACCGCGGUGGCUGUCUGUCGGAACGAGGAGGAUAAAGUUGAACAGGGACAGUUGGAUCAAGGACUUCGCGCUUGGACAGUAGUCUUUGGGGCAUGGUGCUGUCUAUUCUGUGCUUUUGGCUGGGUGAAUGCCAUUGGCAUUUUUCAGGAGUACUACCAGAACAAUCAAUUGCAUUCUUAUUCGGCGUCCAGCAUCUCCUGGAUUCUAUCUUUGGAGCCAUUCGUACUCUUUGCGGCUGGACUGGUUAUUGGAAGACUAUUCGAUAAUUAUGGCCCAAAGUGGCUUCUUAUCAUUGGGACAUGUCUUCACGUCUUCGGUAUCAUGAUGACUUCCAUAUCGACGGAGUACUAUCAAUUUUUGCUAGCACAGGGGAUCUGCAGUCCUCUAGGUGCAAGUUUUGUCUUUUCGUCCGCACUCUCCUGUACCGCAACAUGGUUUGAGAAACGACGUGCCUUAGCAUUUGGAAUCGUUUCCAGCGGUUCGUCACUAGGUGGUGUCGUCUUCCCAAUCUUAUUAUCGCGACUCUUACCUCGUAUUGGAUUCGGAUGGUCUCUACGUAUCUCUGGAUUUAUCAUCCUCGCACUCCUGAUUAUCGCCAACCUGACUGUCCGAUCGAGAAUAAAAAACGUUCCGCGGCCAGUGAAGCUGGCUGAUUAUACAAGUCCGUUUUCGGAGGUACCGUUUAUCUUACUUAUGCUAGCAUCUUGCUGUGGGUUUUUCGCAAUGUUUGUGCCGAUCAGUUAUAUCGUUCUAGAGGCGCAGGAGGACGGAAUCAACCUAGACCUAGCUGGGUACUUAUUGACUAUACUUAAUGCCGCGAGUCUCCCUGGUCGAAUCCUACCAGGCUAUCUAGGGGAUAAAUUAGGCCGGUUUAACGUCAUGAUUUCUAUGUGCGCCUUAUCCGCCAUCGUUAUUCUAGCCCUCUGGCUUCCAGGCACACUUCUCGCUCCAGGGAGUGCGGCUAUCUAUGUUAUCUUCAGCAUAUUGUAUGGGUUUGCAUCAGGUGCAUUUGUAGGCAUGGUACCCGCCCUACUAGGCCAGAUCUCGCCCGACGUGACCAAGAUCGGUGUUCGUCAGGGUGUUUUGUUUACUUGCAUCAGUAUUGCAUCGCUUACGGGAAGUCCCAUUGCGGGUGCAAUUCUGAGCCGGCAAAACGGGACUUACUGGGGAUUGCAGGUCUUUGGCGGUGCAAUGAUGGUAGCAAGUGUAUUUUUCUUCAUUGCGGCGAGAGCGGUACUUGCAGGACUAUCUAUCACAAAAAAGGUCUAG